AUGAAAAUCAAAACAGUUUUCCUUAUCUUGAAUAUUAUAGUUGUUGUUUUAAUAGUUUCUUUAUUGGCUAAUUGUGAAAACAAUAUCACUAUGGACCAAGAAUCUGCUCUACAGAAAAGCUUGUUUAAGAAUUACAACAGGUAUAGAAAACCUGUCAAGGUGUUUUCAAAUCGAGUGUCGGUGAAUCUCGAGUUGAUUAUUUUUUCUAUACCGAAGUUGGAUAUAAAAUCGCAAACAUUACAUACUUCUAGUAUGUUAGUAAUGUCUUGGAUAGACGAAUAUCUUGUGUGGAAUUCAAGCAAGUUCCGUGAAAUUGAGUAUUUACGACUACCUGCGGACAUCAUUUGGGUUCCAAAUGUUUGUAAUCUUCAAGAAAUCACCGACCGAAGAUGUUUGACAUAUGGUUCCGUUACCGAUACAAAAAGUGAGGUGAUAGUCCACAACUCGGGCCUUGUUUAUCUGUCUGAAAUGAUGAAUAGUGUUAUUUUAUGUACAUUUAACGUUAUGAAUUUUCCUUUUGACAUUCAAACCUGUGUUUUCAAGUUUGUUAUUACAAGCACUACGCUUUAUACAGUAGACCUUGCAGUGAAUCAGUCAAAUAUUAAAACCGAUUUUUAUAUUGGAAACGAGGAAUGGGAUUUACUCUCAACCAGUGUUUCUGAAAAAGACAGUAUGCUUAAUAUGUUAAUAAUCUUAAGAAGAAGACCAUUAUUUCUUACACUUACUAAAAUUGUUCCCAUUGUUGCCUUGUCUAUCAUGAACUGUUUUUGCUUUUUGUUGCCUAUUAAGUCCGGUGAAAAAAUGGGAAUGUCUGUUGCAUUAUUUCUAACCUUUGCCGUUUUUGGAAGCAUUCUUAGCGACACGAUGCCACCGAACUCAGAACACAUUCCAUGGUUCAUUGUUUACGUGACCACACAGAUUGCUCUCAGUAGUUUAAGCGUAAUCAUGGAAACAGUAGUUGUGCAUCUGUAUCACAUGAAUACCUGUAGGUCAAAAAUGACUGACAACAAAAAAGACGAAUUACAGGAAGAAACAGCAGCGAAAGGCGAUAAUUUUGAUGUAAGCAACAAAAAAUCCAAACUCAUCGAUGAGACAUGGAAAAGUCGAGCCAUAAAACUGGAUAAUGUUUUCAUGCUUUUAAUUGUUUCGACGACUAUAACUUCAAUUUGCAUAUUUGUAUUACUUAUCGUUAGCUAGAUAUGGUUUUGUGUAUGUAGGAGGAAUUGAUCGACAUUAUAAAUUUUAAAAGAAUACUACUUAUACAUACUUUAAUUAUUUUUAGA